GGAUAGGCCAGAGUCGGUACAGAACGGAACUGAAGAUCGGAGGGAGAAGAGCAGGCGGACCAUGAAGGCUUUGGCGGUUCUGGCACUGUGUGUCAGCGCGGCGGCCGGUCUCACUCGAGACGGCACCUACUGGGGUCGUCCCGGAUCGGGUCUCCUCGGUGGCACCCGCAGAGGUAGCGGCGGCGGUGGGUACUACCCCAACGGAGGGGGUAGCGGCGGUGGAUACUACCCCAAUGGAGGGGGUAGUGGGUACUACCCCAGCAGCGGCGGCGGCGGCAGCGGACACAGUAGUGGUACCAGCGGAAACAGCUACUACCCAGGACCGGUGAUUCCAGACUACCCACCGCGGUACAGGUACCGCCGGGACACCACUGGAGCCGUGAUCGAGGACCGUCCCGUACCGCGGCCGGUAAACUACCAGCCCGAGCAGGACUUCCAGCGCGUCAUUCCCGACCCCAGCCCCAACACUGGGGGUCAGUUUAUUCCCGGACAUCCUAACCCUAACAGUGGGGGUCAGUUUAUCCCUGGACAUCCUAAUCCCAACACUGGGGGUCAGUUUAUUCCGGGACAUCCUAACCCGAACACCAGCUCUGGGGGUCAGUUCAUUCCGGGACAUCCUAAUCCAAACACCGGGGGUCAGUUUAUUCCCGGACAUCCUAACCCAAACACUAAUACUGGGGGUCAGUUCAUUCCUGGACAUCCCAACCCGAACACCAAUACUGGGGGUCAGUUCAUCCCGGGACAUCCUAACCCGAAUUCGAACACCGGUGGAUCCGGAUCUGGUCACAGCGGUGGAUCCAUCACUCCGGGAAACUCCGGAAACUCGGGAUCCGGCCACAGCACGGGUUCUGUUAUCGGGAGCAGCGCCUACUGAAGAAGCAUGAGAAGAUGCAAGGGAUGGAGUAGCAGUGACAUCUAUCGACUGAGUCGUUAACUAAUGAAACGAAAAACCACCGCUAGGGCUCGCUGAGGUUCAUCGUGGUUCGCAUGUGAUUGAAAGUGUAUUGCUGUACUGAAUUUCGGUGAGCACAUGUUACGUAAAAAUACACACACGUUUGGAAUUGGAAA